GGAUAUCUUCUCUUCACCACUUGUGCGGAGCCAUCCCGUGUGUUUCUCGGUAGGGGAUCACCCGCCUUGUUUUUGCACGUGGCAGCUGAACUCUGAUGCGGUUACUAAAAGAUUUCUCAGUCCAUACAUUUGUACAGUGCAACAACAUUACUGACACACAGACAGGCUAUACUGCAAAGUCAAUCUCAGGGGAAUAUGCAGACCUUCCGACAGUCGGACCAAUCAUAGUCGAGCUCGGCGUUAUAAUAAGGGCACGCACUCACAGGAGUCGCUCGCUCAGUCACCAACACGAACUACCCAACUGUGUGAUCGUUGGGACUACAAUGCCUUGGAGAGGUACCCGACGUGGACAUGCGCAGCAGCAACAACGACGAUGCUGUUUUAGAUGCAGAACCCUGAACGGAAACUUUUGAGAUCUGUCUGGGAAGUCGUUCAUUCAUAGAUGAAAGCGGCAUCUAUGGACGAGAUCCCACGGGAGAAUGGAAGGACUUUAUUUCAACACGCACAUGUGAGCUUGGAGGAGAACGUGUUCGUUUACAUGGUGCACCGAGCUGUGUAACUUUCCUUUACCCAUCACUUAGUGUGCACGUCUUAUCUUAGACUGAACAGACACAACUCUUUACAAUGUCAACCGGCAUCAGGAGGAGGAUGAUGAUCCUUGGACUAUUUCAGAUUUUCUUCACAUGUGUAAGGAUGCUCACAGAACCAAGUGCAAAGCACCAACAAUCGGCAGGCAGUGCGCUGGCGCCCGCCCCCCUGGACUGCGGCGUGGCGGAGCAGGGCUGCCUGCAGCAGGAGCCCUGCGCCGUGCUCUACCGCCUGCUGGAGUACUGCGUGGCCGAGGAGGCCGUGGCGCCGCUGGGGGCCGACGCCCGCUGGGAGUGCCUGGAGGCCCAGCACGCGCUGCAGCAGUACCGCCCCCUGCAGGCCUGCAAGUGCCAGCGGGGCUCGCGGCGGGAGGAGCACUGCCUCAAGGUGUACUGGACGGUGCGCUUCUCAGCCUACGAGGAGUAUGAGGUCUCUCCUUACGAGGAGUUGGAGCUGAACCUUGUGAGGAACGUAGAGAUGUCCCACAUGGCCUCCAUCAUGUCAGCCUCGUCCCACGCGGUAGACGGACAGAACCAGUGUCUGAAGGCGGCGCAGGACUGCGGCCUGUUCGAGAAGUGCGGCUCCCUGCGCUCCGAGUACGUGGUGGCGUGCACCAAGCGCGCCACGGGCUCCGACAGCGGCUGCAACCGGCAGAAGUGCCACCGGGCGCUGCGCCGCUUCCUGGAGCGCGUGCCCGACGAGUACAGCUUCGCCCUGCUCUUCUGCCCCUGCUCCGACCCGCUGUGCGGGGAGCGGCGCCGCAAGACCAUCGUCCCCUCGUGCUCCUUCGAGGAGAGCGCCCGGAACGGGGAGGAGAGGGCGGAGAAGCCCAACUGCCUCAGCCUGCAGACGUACUGCUACAAGGACCAGCUGUGCAGAUCCCGCUUUGCAGAUUUCCAGCGCAACUGCCAGGCCUCUUCUCUCUCUCCGUCGGGCUGCGGGCAGGAGAGCCGAGCCAGGUGUCUGCAGGCAUACAAGGGACUCAUAGGUACCAUUAUGACCCCUAACUACAUCAAUAACAGCAGCACGGAGGUGUCCCAGUGGUGCACGUGCGAGGCCAGCGGCAAUGAGUGGCAGGACUGCCAGCAGAUCCUCAACAUGUUCAGCAGCAACACCUGCCUCCGAAACGCCAUCAGUUCCAUGGGAGUGGAGGUUGGCGGCGGCGGUUCUCCCGUGGACAGCACGCCGCCGCCGCCAGCCUCCCGACCCCCACCCCCACCCCCGGUCAUCCAGGAGCAGCCCCGGGUCAGUGUCCAGACCCUCCAGGACUUCACCAGAUUUGAGAGCAGCGAGGACAAACAGAAGGAAGAGGAGGAAGAAAGCCAAGACUUAAACAUCAUCCCACCAUUUUCUGAAAAGGACCCUGGUAUGGAAUCAGGGGCCCGAGGCAGCCACCGGGGGGCCGCCUCCACACCGGGCCCCCUGCUGCCCCUGCUGCUGUGGCUGGCCCUCUGGUCCCUCAGCCUGAGCCCACAGUAGGUCUGGGGUCCUUCACUGGCGGCCCUCGGUGGGCCCCA